GGCGACUGGGGGAGGGGGUGACGAGCCCCGGCUCAGCACCUCGGAGAGCUCCCUCCCCGGCCUUGUUUUGCUUCGGGAUCGCUGCCGGGGGAGGGAGCGAAGGGGCCGGGCACUAGGAGUCGAGGCCGAGGGAUGGCAGUGAAGAGGUCGAAGGGCCCCGGGGGGCAGAAGGCCCAGCCGUGAUCCUGCGAGGGGGCCGGGGCUCCGGGUGGGGUGGGGGGCAGCGGGUGGCGGCAGCAGUGGCCUCACAUCUGAAUGGAAGCGAGCUUUGUCCAGACCACCAUGGCUCUGGGGCUGCCCUCCAAGAAAGCAUCUUCUCGCAACGUGAUCGUGGAGCGCAGGAACCUGAUCACCGUGUGCAGGUUCUCUGUGAAAACCUUGCUGGAGAAAUACACAGCAGAACCCAUCGAUGAUUCAUCUGAGGAGUUUGUUAAUUUCGCAGCCAUUUUGGAGCAGAUCCUCAGUCACCGGUUUAAAGCUUGUGCCCCAGCAGGUCCAGUGAGCUGGUUCAGCUCAGAUGGGCAACGGGGCUUCUGGGACUACAUCCGACUGGCCUGCAGCAAGGUGCCCAACAACUGUGUGAGCAGCAUCGAGAACAUGGAGAACAUCAGCACAGCUCGAGCCAAGGGCCGGGCAUGGAUCCGGGUGGCUCUGAUGGAGAAGCGUAUGUCAGAAUACAUUACCACAGCUCUUCGGGACAACCGAACCACCAGACGGUUCUAUGACUCCGGAGCCAUCAUGCUGCGGGAAGAAGCCACUGUCCUUACGGGGAUGCUGAUUGGGCUCAGCGCCAUCGACUUCAGCUUCUGUCUAAAGGGCGAAGUUCUGGACGGGAAGACACCGGUGGUCAUCGAUUACACGCCCUACUUAAAGUUCACCCAGAGCUACGACUACCUGACGGACGAGGAGGAGCGGCACAGCGCAGAGAGCAGCACCAGUGAGGACAACUCUCCUGAGCACCCCUACCUGCCUCUGGUCACCGACGAGGACAGUUGGUACAGCAAGUGGCACAAGAUGGAACAGAAGUUUCGCAUUGUCUAUGCACAGAAGGGAUACCUGGAGGAGCUGGUGCGUCUGCGCGAGUCGCAGCUGAAGGACCUGGAGGCGGAGAACCGGCGGCUGCAGCUGCAGCUGGAGGAAGCCGCAGCUCAGAAUCAGCGUGAGAAGCGGGAACUGGAAGGCGUGAUCCUGGAGCUGCAGGAGCAGCUGACAGGUCUGAUCCCCGGUGACCAUGCCCCCCUGGCCCAGGGUUCCAAGGAGUUCACUACACCUCUGGUCAACCAGUGGCCCUCCCUGAGCACACUCAAUAGGCCUGAGGGUGCCAGCAACUCCAAGCUCUAUCGGAGACACAGCUUCAUGAGCACCGAGCCGCUGUCUGCAGAGGCCAGCCUGAGCUCAGACUCCCAGCGCAUGGGAGAGGGCAAGCGGGAUGAGGAACCCUGGGGCCCCAUCGGGAAGGACCCCACGCCCUCCAUGCUGGGCCUCUGCGGCUCCCUGGCCUCCAUUCCCAGCUGCAAGUCCCUGGCGAGCUUCAAAUCCAACGAAUGUCUGGUGAGCGACAGCCCCGAGGGCAGCCCGGCACUCAGCCCGAGCUGAGGAGCGGCACGGGCAAUGCCAGCACCACCUGCCAGGGACCACAGACAACUGCCACCAUGACCCCAACCCAGGCAACCCUUCAAGAAUGCUGCCCACCUAGCUGAGGGUCUCCAGGGAAAGACAACCAAACCUCUUUCUCGCUUCUGCUUCAGGCCAGAGGCAGGAGCUGCACUGGGAAGUGGUGGGGCCAGGAGGGAGGGGCACCCGGGGCACAGGUAGCCAGGCCCCUGGGGAGGCUGGUGGUCCUGAAGCCUUCCUGGCUCCCUUUGCUCAUCUUCUACACCUGCCUCAGGAGCAGGUGGCCCAGCCCUGGCAUUCCUGCUGCCCUGCCUCUGGUCUGUUCCUGUGUACCCUCUGAAGUCACCCUUCCUUGGUACCUAUGUGGGGCGAGAAUAGCAAAUAAAAACCAGAGGACUGA